AUGAAUACUAAUGUAUUCAUAAUCUAGAAUCUAGAUGUACAUAGCAAUCGUGUCUCGGUGUAUCAUUGCACUUCGGCAGUAGUUGUGAACUUGUCAAAAUCGUGGAAUUAUUUAGAAUAUCUAUGGGAAUUAAAAAUAUACCGUGCUAUGUUGUUGCAGAUAUGCCAACAGUUAGAAAGAAUAUAUCAAGUACCAACAAAAUGAAUUUGUUAGAUGAAAUAUCGAAAAGCCCUGUCUCAUAUGAUGAAGAAAUCUACUUGCCCCCAACUUCAGUGAUGAGUGAAGAUAUUUGGAAAAAGUUUGACUUGCCGACGCCACCACUGUCUCCAAGACAUGAAAGUGACAGUGAACUUGAUCUUGAAAAUGUCACAAUGCCAUUUGAUAUAGAUACAGAAGACCUUCUUCUCUUUGAUGAUGAUGAUAUAACAAACGAGAUGUUGAAAGAAGUGAUAUCCACUUUUCCAGAGUCACCGCCUGGUCCUGAUAUAGAGUCUAAUCUUCAAUCCAACUUGAUUCAGGACAUUAUGUGGUCAGCUCCAGUAAAAUCUGUGGAGUUGAGUAAACCAGCCCAGAAAGACCAAAAACAACGGCUUAGAUGUAAUUCAUGCUCAAACCCAGCUUUCAACACAGCCUGUGUUGCACCAGAUGAGGUGUUUCCACUGGAGCAGACUCCACCACCACCACCACCAGCAACAAAUUUGGGAGGCGCAAUUUCCCAAACCAGGGUACAUAACCUAGGAAUUGAAACACCCUCAGAUUCUGAGGAAGAAAUUGAUGUUGUAACUGUGGAAAAACACCUUCAAGUAACUGUUCCAACUAAAAGGAAAUACAUCUCCGAUGAUGAAGAUGAAUGCAGCCCUAUAAAGAGUGAACACAACCGCGGUACUAAAACAGUUACAUUGACUAUAGGACCUAAAUCUGGAUUUAGCACACAAACUGUUACAAAAUGUACAUCAGUGAGACCUAGAGUUGACUGUCCAACAGAUGUUCAUAACUAUAGUUUACCAGUGACUUCUCUUAAAAGAGUGCAUUCAUAUCCAAAUUCACCUGUCACACAUAAAAGUAAAAAACUAAAAAGGGAUAUAAGUAUACCAUCAGACUUGAGAAAAGUUGCACAAAAACUUAAAUCUUCCAUGGGAAGUUGUAGUCGGAGUUCUAGUGAUUCUGAGGAAAUGUGCGAAAGUGGUAAACGGACUCAACAUAAUGUUCUGGAACGUAAACGUAGAACUGACUUAAAAAAUAGUUUCUUUCAUCUAAGAGACUCUGUACCGGAACUUGAGGGACAAGAACGUGCACCAAAAGUUGUUAUUCUCAGGAAAGCGUCACAGUAUAUAAACAGACUCAUUGAUGAGCAAAGACGGCAGGAAAGAGAAAUCGAACAAUUGAAAAUCAAGAAGGAAAAAUUGAAAAGGAAUCUUGCAAAAUUGCGGGAUUAUUAAACAACUAUCCUACAGACUUGAAAACAAGUUGGAUUUAUUAUGCAUUGCAUUAAGUGCUUAAGUUGAGAAUGAUGUUUUUCACGAGGUUAACCAAACUUCUAUAGACAUGAUAUAUAUAUACAUUAAUCAUGGAUAAUUUUAAGCAAACAUUCAAAUAAAAUGUUCAGAUAAAGGCAUUAAAUGAGUAAUUUUCAUGAAGUUUGAUAGGGCCUAAUGAUACUGCUAAUUCAAGCUGUGUUCAUGUAUGUGUUCAAUAAUUUUUUUAUGUGCAUUUAAUCACUGCCUUUAACUUAUAACACUUGGCAUUUCAUUUGUGUAUGCAUUGAGGUCAUUCUUGGACCAUUACUUACUAUACCUAUUAGAGCUGUAGUGAAUUUGACAGUUCAGGAAAAGAAAAAAUGUGAUUUAUUUUUUAAGUUGCUUUAUACAAUUUUUGUUGGGGGCAAAUGGUCAUUUUAUUUCGUUUGCUUGACUAAAUGGGUGAUAUUAUUAUUGCAUUUUUGUAUGAUAACUGUUUGACUGUUGUUCUUUAUUGAUUUCUAUUUCUACAGAGUUUAUGUACCUAUUUUCUCUUUAAAUACUUGUAUAUUUUUUCAUGUUUUAUAAGAAAAUGUCCAACAAAAUCUUGAUUUAAUUAAAUUGGCAGGUGAUUUUCCUCUAAAGUAAUGAGCUUGUCAUAAAAGCCCAGUUAGUUGUGUAAAUAUUGUUCUUUAAUAAUGUUAAAGUUUGCUAUAAAGAAUUUAUAUUGAGAUUUUUUUUUCUGUCAAGUGAUAAAUCAGUUGAAUGGGAAUAUCUGAAGUUUAUAAUGAAUGUAUACAAUAAUCAGCUUUGUUGUUUAAGAACCAUGUUGAAUGAAAUGUUAUUUUCGCUUUUAAAAUAAUGUAUAAAAUAUCAUAUUCCUGGUUAUAAUUACCCAAUGUACAAAGGUUUGGUUGAAGUUUUGUUAGUUAUUUUACAAAGUAGUUUGCUUUUUCUAUUAACUUUUUAAUAAUCUUAUUUACAGCCUCUGCAAGCAGCAGUUAUUCUGAUCAUCUUAGACUAAACUGAUUUUUUUUAUCAAAUUGAUGCAAGAAUAUAAUGUUAUUAAAUUGUUCAAACUGUAUUGAAAAUAUACAUGUUUAAGCAUAUAAGAACUAUUUAGAUCAUUUUCAAAUAAGUCACAUUUUCACACAAAGUAUUCUUGCAUUGAUUUAAGAAAUUGCAAUUUUGUUUGUUUGUGUUUUUGGUUUAAGAACUGUUUUGGCGACUUUUACAUAAAAAAAGAAAA